UUUUUUUUUUUGUUGAAAAUCAACCCUACAGCGCAUCAGCUUUAUCAGUGAAGAAUUGAAAGUUCAUGUUGAUAUAAAUUGUGUUUUGAUUGUUAAGUUAGUUAUAUUAUUGCAUAAUGUCGGAAAAAACUGGAUCCAAAAAAGUUGAACAACCAACUGAUAAGUCGGUUAAGGAAAACAAAAACUCCAAGAUAACUCAUGAACAUGAGAAAAAGAAGCAAGCAUUCAUUACCAGAACCAUUUGGACCUUGGUUAUGAUUGCAGCAUUUGUUGGAGUGGUUGCUGCAGGACAUCUUCCAAUAAUUAGUUUAAUUGUGAUAUCCCAAACAUUAACUUUUAAAGAGAUUAUUGCUUUGACUUCAGAACCAGCUAGAGAUAAAUCAUUACCAUAUAAUAAAUCAUUGAAUUGGUAUUUCCUUAUUGCCACGGUUUAUUAUUUGGAUGGUGAAAGUUUUUUCAGUUUUUUCAAAGAAUUUAUCUUUUCAAAUAAAAUAUUAACCAUUUUAGCAAUAAAUCAUAAAUUUAUUAGUUAUUCUUUAUACGUUGCUGGGUUUAUAUUUUUCGUUUGGACUUUACAAAAAGGUUACUAUAAGUUCCAAUUUGCUCAAUUAUGUAUCACCCAUACUACUUUGUUAUUGGUUGUUUUCCAAAGUCAUUUGAUCAUUGAUAACUUAUUAAAUGGGAUGAUUUGGUUUCUUUUACCUUCUUCUUUAGUGGUGGUGAAUGAUGUCUUUGCUUAUAUCUGUGGUAUCACGUUUGGCCGGACUCAAUUAAUUGCAAUUUCUCCUAAAAAAACCGUCGAAGGUUUCAUCGGUGCCUGGAUUUGCACUUCCGUUGCAGCCAUUCUCUUUUCCUUCAUCUUAUCCAAAUCAAACUACUUGAUUUGCCCGGCUGAUUCCUUAACUAAUAACUUAUUUGAGCAUCCAAAUUGUGAACCAAAUCCGGUUUUCAUUCCUCAAAUUUUCCAAUUACCUUCAAAUAUCGCAGAAUUCUUAAAUAUCGAUAUCAUCACUUUCAAACCAAUCUAUAUCCAUGCGGCCUUCAUUGCUACUUUUGCCUCGUUAAUUGCUCCCUUCGGUGGCUUUUUCGCUAGUGGCUUGAAAAGAGCCUUUGGUAUCAAAGAUUUCGGGACUACCAUUCCUGGCCAUGGUGGGGUCACCGAUCGUUUUGACUGUCAAUUCUUAAUGGGGUCCUUUAGUUACUUAUACUACCAAAGUUUCAUCACUAGCCAUAACGUUAACGUCGGCACUAUCCUACAAAUGGCCAUCAUCAAUUUGUCUGCUGACCAAUUACUCACCUUGGUUAGAAGUUUAUUAAAAUACUUAAACACCUCCAGUGUAAUUGAUGAUACUAAAUUUGAAAAAAUUAUCAGUUUGCUUACCUGAUUGAAAUCCUACUCAAAGCAAAAUAAGAAAAAUGACAAAAUUUUAAAAAAAAAAAUAUACUUCUAUUAUAAUUCAUUCAUAAAUAUUGUCC